UAUAAUUUGGGAUGGAGAGAUAGCUAAUAAAGCAUUUUAGGAAGAAAAAUAAGUGGCGAAACUUAAUGUAGAAAACGAAAGGGAGAGGUGAAUUAUGUGAAGCCUCUAGUCUCUAAAAACAAACAUGGGAUGUCAACACCUCAGCAGGACAGCCGGUACACGUCGAUGUGAUAUGAGGGACCAGCUUAUGGAUCUUUCUGUGACUACUACAGUUUUUGCCUAGUCCGGCAGUCCAGCCCUGGCCACAACUAGGUUUCUUUAAAUUGACAGUCACACGCACCUGGUUCUUGCUGCUUCCAUUGUUUCUUCAAUUCUUCCUCAACCUCCUGAGCUCAGCUGCGACUGCCAUGGAUUCCAAACCCAUGGAAGCUUUUGUGGCAAGUGAGGCCUCCGUCUUCAUGAAUCAGCCCCCUCCACAUAUGUCUAGACCAUCAAUUAUUAUCAAGCUCAUUUUGGGGUUGCUGUGGACCAUCACCCACUUAGCAAUCAGCUUUUUAAAUUUAUGGUCACAUCUGAUUUAUAGUUUAGAAUGCUAUGUUAUUUCAUCUGGAUUGUUGCGGAAGUAUCAGAAUCUUCAUCUGGGUAGACUGAAGUGCUUGGCUAUUGUGGUAGAUAGCAAAGAAGCUAAAAGUACUGCAAAGGUCAAGCAACUGUUAUGCUGGCUCUCAUCUAUGGGUGUGAAGUAUGUAUGUCUCUACGACAUCGAGGGAGUACUGAAGAAAUCAUUUGAACCUGCUGUGAAUGCUUCAAGAGAUAGGACUGCAGGAGAACAUUUUGGCAUUGGAGGAAACAUCAGUGAUCUACAGUGUAGCCAAAGAGAGAUGGUAAUAGACUGUCUUUCUGGUUCUGAUGGCAAGGAGGGUAUUGCAAAAGCAGGCAGUUUACUUUGCUCAACUUACAUCAAUGGUGAUACUCAUGGAGAUGGCAAAAGGAAACCAGCAUUUACAGAAGCUGACAUGGCUAGUGCACUGAAAGCUGUAGGUUGUGGUGGACCAGAACCUGAUCUUCUUCUCAUGUAUGGUCCUGCUAGAUGCCAUUUAGGAUUUCCUGCAUGGAGAUUACGGUAUACUGAAAUUAUGUAUAUGGGGCCACUGAAGUCAAUGAAAUAUGGUGCUAUUGUGAAGGCCUUAUAUAACUUCUCAAAGAAACACCAAAAUUAUGGGAAAUGAUAGCUGAUACUGGUUUAAAGAAAUCAUUUGAUCAUGGAGAAACGACACCUUGGAGUUACUCUACAGUCUGUACCCAUUCUCUUCUGCUGCUGCUUACUGGAGUACAGGAGUAUUUAACGUUAGACAUAAGCAUCGACACCGUCGUGUUUGCUUGUAAUAAGAUCAAAAGUGUGUUGUCGAUAGAACAUACAUACGGGAUAGCAUCCCACUGUAAAAGUUACACCCAUAGCGAUUCACUGUAAAAGAACCACAAGAAUCUUACCAUCUCAUCUAUUAUUUCCUUUGCUAUGAUUCCUAA